UGUUCCUCAAGAUUACAAAUUGAAUCCUGGAGCUGUUGAAUCAAUUUUUGAACAACCAGAACACCCAAAUAAUAUCCUGAUAGGAUAUAACAGGGGCUUAAUUGUGCUCUGGAAUAGAGUUGAUAACAGUGCUGUUAAAACAUUCAUUUCCAAUCAACAGUUGGAAUCGAUUUACUGGAAAGAAGAUGGAAGGCAUUUCCUCAGCUCUCAUAAUGAUGGUAGCUACAUGGAAUGGGAUAUUGAUCAAUCAGAAAAACCUUGUGGAGAACCAGUUACGACAUAUGGUCCCUACUCUUGUAGGGCCAUUCCUAAAAUUUUGACGAAAGACAUGAAUGACGAGUCUCUUAUAGUUUUCUCGGGUGGUCUGCCUAGGGCGAAUUAUAGUGAUAAAUAUUCGGUAUCUGUUGUGCAUGGAGAUAAACAUGUGGCUUUUGAUUUUACUAGUAAGGUGAUUGACUUUAUUUUGAUAGAAUCAAGAACACAAGAGGAAGACAGAGAUGGGGAAGAUGAGAGCACUGAAAAUGAAGAUGGCAGUACCAUCAAUGGUGACGUGAGUAAAGGAGAACCAGAAGCCCUAAUAGUUCUGGCAGAAGAAGAGUUAGUGGCUCUUGACCUCAAAGACGAGAACUGGAAGAUGAUGAGCUUGCCUUACCUUGUGUCUCUACAUGCUUCCGCAGUAACUUGCAGUCAAUACGUGUCAGGAAUACCAGAAGAACUUUGGGAACAGUUGAAAGAUGCUGGGAAAGUUCAGACCAGUCACUUGUAUUCUACUCGACGUUGGCCGGUUGACGGAGGCAAACUGUUGUGUUCCAAAGGGCUUGAACCUAAAAGGGAGUUGCUGCUCACUGGUCACGAAGAUGGUACUGUCAGAUUUUGGGAUGCCGGCGGUGUGACUCUCACGCCCAUUUACAAAUUCAGCUCCGCACAAUUCUUCGCUGGUGACGAACCGGAAGAGGUUCAUCCAGAUCCUGAAGACUUGGAAGAAGAGUGGCCUCCCUUUCGAAAAACUGGUAUUUUUGAUCCCUAUUCAGAUGAUCCUCGUCUGGCUGUGAAGAGGGUCAGCCUGUGUCCUUUAUCUGGGACUAUGGUUGUUGCCGGAACAGCUGGUCAAGUUGUCAUCGCAAAAUUCGAUACUGAAGUUCUCGAUGUACCUUUGAAAGUUUCUUCCAUGAAUAUUGUCAGCGACAGAGACGGGUUCGUCUGGAAGGGUCACGGCCAACUAAUAUAUAUAAGUCCCUUCUCUUGUGAGGGAAUCCAAGCAUUGCGACAAGUUCUUUGUGGUAUGGUGAGUGACAAACCCCAGAAAGGAUUGAAUGUUACUGAAGAGUGUUCACAAUGUGCUAGAGUGAGACGAAUGGCUUUUGCAAAUUUCACCUGUAAUAUAGAAAAUACAAAUCAUUCCGAAGUAGAUUUGUUGUGCCUAACAAACACUGGCGAUUGCCUAGUUCUAACCAUUCCAGACUUGAAACGGCAACUUAAUGCAGCAGCGAUCAAACGUGAAGAUAUAAACGGCAUAUCUUCUUUGGUAUUCACAAAAGAAGCACAGGCUUUGUACCUCCACUCCUCAUCAGAAUUGCAACGGUUAUCUUUGGCAGCUAAUAGUAUAACGAUGGCUCGCUGUUAUUUGCCAUUACAGGUUGGCACCAGAGACGAUGGUACUUCCGAAGAAGGUACCAUCGAUCAGUCGAACGAAGUAUUAGAAAACUCUGUAGAAACCCCUUUAGUUAAUGGUAAUGCCGAGAGUAAAGAAGGAAGUGUAGCUGAUAAGUNUGUUAGAUCGAAUCCUGAUGAGACUCUUCACAAUGUAACUGUUUCCAGCAGUGUUGGAGACAUUACCAUAGACAGUGUUAAAGAUCAUUUGGGUUCAGGUGAGGAAAUAAACAGACGAAUAUCGGGCUUAUGUGUUACAAAAACCGUUACAACAAUCAUAAGUAGUAGUCAAGAAGGUGUUGUCACGUCAUCCAGUACCACGUCUACCACCAUGACCAACCAGGAGAAUAUCAUAGAAAGUCUGGAGGACGCGUCAGGAGAAAAAUUAGAGAUUAAAGAAAUACAAGUGAGCGAUAUAUUACUGCGAGCCCCACUAGCAUCGGCUGAGGAGGAGUCCUGAGGCUUCCUAUGGUCAACUAAAACGGUUAACAACAUGCCAUAUCGACAUGAUCAGUAUUUCGGGUUGACAUACUAGAUUUUAUGAUUGCGAUUACUAGUUUUAGUACAAAAUAUUUUAAAGUAUAAUUUUAUUAUUAGGUGUUGUUGUCCAUCGUUUUUCAAAAGUAUUGUUUGUGUACUUAUUUUAGGUAUAAGACAUAUUGGGACCAUUUUCAUUUCUAAAUUCAUCAAUGUUGAUACGAAAUGCUGUUCAAGUUUUAAUAAUUAGAUUAAUCUACUGUAAUAAACUUUUUAUAUUUAUGUCAUCAUAUCAUUACUGUCUAUCAAUAUGGUUGAAUCAUUUUGAGUUCAAUAAGUCGAACAAAUCUUGACUGAUUCUUGAAUACCAUCUGUUUUGUGAAUAGUCGAAUUUCCAGUUUUUCCUAAUGUUGAGUACCAAUGCUUUGGUAAGAAUUCAUCCUGGAUUAUUUUCCACAGUUGCUCUGUUUUAGAAAAGAGUUGUGAGCAUAUUAAAUAUUUAUGAUUUGUUAUAUUUAUGCAUAUUUCUUUAACAAACUGUGGUUAGAAGAUAGCAGCUUUUUCUACAAAAUAUGGUGGAGGUUUUUGGAUGAAUGUGUGUAUGAAGUUUCUACUAACAGAAAACUUAUUGCCUUAAAAUUUUUGUUAUAUUUUAUAUUCAUAUUGUAUUCACAUUUUAUUAAAGUUUAUAUUUAUGAUCAUUUCACAGUGCAGAGAACAUCACUAAAGUGAAUAAAUUUUUUUAUCUUGAAA